UUACAGCAGAAGCUGGGAUGUCUUAUGUUGCCAAAAAGUGUGGCAUCCAGUUACAGCCUCCAUCUAUUGUCUUGAUCUAUGAAGAUCAGGUUAAGAAGAAUCUGCGCAAGCGCAUCAUGCCUGUCCGGAAUUUUACCAAAUUCUCAGAUUGCAGCAGAGUGGCAGAGCAGCUGAAGAAUAAUCCUCGGCACAAAACAUAUUUAGAAGGGGUAUCCUUGGAGCAGCUAAAAAAGUUACACCACUUGUUGAGAUGCCAUCUGCAAGGACAAACUUUGAGUCAGAGUUUGAAACAAGUUGAGCAGAAUGAAACAGUUGAUCCAGAAGAGGACCUAAAUAAACUGAAUGAUGAAGAGCUAGCACAAAAGAAAAGAAUUAUGGAUGAGUUGUUUGAAAAGAACAGAAAAAGAAAAGAGGACCCAGGUUUUAUCUACAAUGUAGAGGUGGAAUUUCCACAAGAUAAGGAGCUUGAAGCUUGUGAGUGGGAUACAGAUACAGAGGAUGAAUUUUAAUGCAAAACUAAGCUUAUGGGGAUUUUCAGGGACUGUUAAUAAAUUAUAUAUACUUUCUGCUUUAGUAACAAUAUUUGACUAAAGUUAUCAAUAAACGAUAGCAUUGUGUACUGUCAAAAUGAUUGACAUGUUUUUCUUUCCUUGGCAUUUAAAAUACUCUGAAAUAUUCAUAUUAAAAUUGUAUGCAAAAAUGUGUGUAUAGAGUAUGAAUGUCUUGAGUAGAAAAUAUGUAUUGGUUCUUGUAUUGAUACAGGAAAUAUCCAUUAAAUAAGCAUUGACUUAAAUAAAAUUUAUGCAGACAAAGGGGCCAGAAUAGCAGCUGCCAUUUUCUACAUUGCAGAAGCACAAAAUGGCACCAACUAUAUACAUGUAAAUUGGCAUAGUGCAUGAUCUAAUACAAUAUUCCGGAAAUGGAGGUUUGUUUAACCCAGGAACUAAGCAAAAUUGCUGAAAACAAAAGGAGAUGCAGCACUAGAGAACCAACUACAUGAAAGCACGUCUCCUGCAAGCAUUCAUAUUCAAAAUAGACAUGUUUGCAGAAGGUGUGUGAAUUGCAUCAAUGGGGUAAAACUUAUUUGGCAAGAUCUAUUGUGAGAACUCCAGAUUUAAAAAGGCUUCCUCAACCAGGAAUUUUCUAAAUAAAGGAAAUGUCUAAAGUAAAUAUUCAGAAGAACUAAAAUCAGUUUU